UGUUUGUGGUUAUGUUUAGUUGUUUGUUGUUUGCAAAUUGCCGCUCAAUCGUACUAUUUAAAUAACAAUAACCGGCUUUAAAAUGUACGGAAACGAAGAGGAAUACGAAAGUGAUUAUGAAGAUACCGAGUUAUUUAGCCCUUCUUUCAAGCCUUCUUAUGUCGUUAUAGCUAUCGAUACGCAUCCAGGAAUGUUUCAGAAACAACAAACUUCUACUCCAUUUCGCGCCUCUUUAGAAGCGUGCUACAACUUGGCCGACUCUUUAAUAUUUACCAAAGACACUAGAACAUGGAGUCCCUUCGCCGUAAUGCUAACAGGCGAGUCUACACCGCUAAUAGGUUUCAGUAAAAGCAUUUUGGAUACCAUCAAGCUGUUGAAAGAUAAGUUAGACUUGACCGAUUUAGAAUUACAACAAACCCACCAGAGGAAAGGUAACUUGGAUUUGGGUGAGUUUUUCUUGACCUGCAAGAAAAUCUUCCAUGAUGUGAAAACGAUGUUUUAUAAACGAACGCUGAUUUAUAUUAGCAACGAUGACAGACCUAUUGCAGAUAAAAAUUCAAAAUUUACAGCUUUGAAUGAAAUAAAAACAUUUGCAGCGCAACAGAUCGAAUUCCAAAUUUUACCAACAAUCGAAAGUUUUAAUUAUAAGUAUUUUUAUAACGAGUUAUAUGCUAUAUUGGGAUCGAAGAUACAGGAAGAAGUAUGCACUGAUGCAGAGGGUUUAGCCCAGAAACUGUCGUCGACGAUUUUGUUUAAAACUAACGAGAGGAAAGUGUUAUUUUAUCCCUUCAAAGGAGAUUCUGGAAGGUUUUUGAAGUGCAAGCGUGUACAAUUAUUCUCAAAUAUACAAUUGACUAACAGUUUCAUGACCACAAAAGGUGAAAAAGUGAUAAAUAUGAAGGUACCUGGAGACGCGAACCCUGUUUACAGCAUCAGAUAUGUUGGUGAAGGAAAAGCUGAGGGCGUCCAUUUUGAUCUGUGUGAAAAGAAUGCUUUCCAAGACUUCAACCUACCCAAAGGUAUCACUUUAUUGUUUGUAGGAGACAGACAGGUUGAGUUGGGACAUGUGUUUUCUAAACCAAAUUUAAUCAAAGUCGAUCCCAAAGAAGAACUCCCAUUUUUUAAAAAGUUUUGGGAUAAUUGUGUAGCCAGCAAUAAGGUAUUGGUCUGUUGUUUGAAGACUCGACAGCCUGAUAGGUUGAGAUAUGCAGAAUUGAUCCCAGUACUUAUAAAUAAUCAACAAAUGUUUUUGGAAAAACGUCUCCCUUAUGGAAAUGAGAUUAUAUGGCCAGCAAAGAUUGAAUAUCCUGAAGAGGAAAAAAAUGAAGAAAGAAAAUUGGCUAUCAAAGAAUUAGUCAAUAAAUUGACCUUCGAAUUCAAUCCCAACAUGUUGCCUGAUGUGUCAUUAGAAAAGAAAAAGGCUUAUAUUAGAGCCAAAUUAUUGGAUGCCCCCAUGGAAGAGGUGGAAGAUGUGGUGCUCAACCGGGAGCAACUAGAUUUGGUUUUAGAAGAUGUUGUGAAUGAUAUCAGAGAGAAAUUUGAUUUGGUGGUGGAGGAACCCAAGAAGAGAAGACAACCUCAGAAUGCCGGCCCAUCGCGCAAAAAAAAUAAAUAAUAUGUUUUUUUUUUUUUUUAGUAAAUUUGUUAAUUAAGUUUUAAGUUGUUAUUUCUGUGAUUUAAUCAUCAUGUAAGGGAGCGUUUAAGUAUUACGUAACGCAAUUUUUGGAGAUUUUUAACCCCCCCCUCCCCCCAUGUAACGCGCCGCAACGUUUUUCUGUACCCCCCCCCCCCCCCCCUAGUAAAAUGUUACGUAACCACCAAGUGACUAUUUUUACCUAAAAAUGUGGCGUAAAGUACCGGAAAGUUGC